AACAAAACAAAACAAAAACAAACAAAAAAAAAUGCGGUUGGCUUUUAAUAUCUCGAACUAUUCUUGUCGUUUCUUCUUUUAGUGCGGUUCAUUUUAAAGUUGUCAAUCUCCGUUCGGAUGCGUCGCGUCGCUGCAGCCCGGGUUACGUUGGUGGGAGUACCCCCUGCGCAGGUCCCUUUUGCAGUGCAGAUCCAGUAGUUGGAGUUGUUGUACACCGAGCACGACAGAGAGGGAGAGGUGAGGAGAGGAGAGGAGCAGCUGAGUGAGCAAACACGGCCAGAAACAUUAGGUUACCUUCUGAGACUCUCAGACAUCGACCUGUCACUUUUACCGCUCAGAGCCAAGUCUUUUUCUAGAGGCCCACAGCAGCAACACCACCAGCGGCAGCAGAAGUAGCGGCAUCCGAAGCAGCAGCAGCAGCAGCAGCAGCGCCCUGGUCUGGUCUGCCCGAGCAGCCGCCCGCCGGUGGAGGGGGGCAAAAAAAAAACAAAAAAAAAAAAGAGAAGAAAACUCCCGAACGCGGUCGUCUCAGCUGGCAUGAGCUAACCUACGAGUCGGACAUGGAAACCAAACCAUUCUUGUCAUUGGGGUUCUUGAAGCCCCAGUGCUCACUGGCUCCUCCCAUGCAGCGAGGUCGCUCAGGUGAAGCCUGUUCCUGUUUCAGCGGCGUGUGUCCCCUCCAUCAGCGUCGCCUAUCCACAGACUCGUCGGGCCAGGUGAGCUCCUCACCCCUGGGCUCGCCCACCUCCCACCGGGGAAUGCACCCGUCCCUGCUCAGCCCAACGUCCAUGGGGCCCUCCGGCUCCCUCCACUCUCCCAUCAGCACCCUGAGUUCCCCGAUGAACGGCCUGGCCUCGCCCUUCUCCGUCAUCAGCUCACCCAUGGGGCCCCACUCCAUGAACUCGCCUGGAAUGGGCUACGGCCCAAGCGUUAGCCCCCAGAUGUUCCAGCUGAACUCUCCGAUGAACUCGGUCAGCAGCACGGAGGACAUCAAGCCCCCGCUCGGCCUCAACGGUGUGAUGAAGGUGCCCGCCCAGCCCUCAGGCACGGCCCUGUCGCUCACCAAACACAUCUGCGCCAUAUGUGGCGACCGCUCUUCAGGUAAACACUAUGGAGUAUACAGCUGUGAGGGGUGCAAAGGAUUCUUCAAAAGGACUGUGCGCAAAGACCUGACCUACACCUGUCGCGACAACAAAGACUGUGUCAUCGAUAAACGCCAGAGGAACCGCUGUCAGUACUGUCGCUACCAGAAGUGUUUGGCCAUGGGCAUGAAGAGAGAAGUUUUGUUACAUGCAGCCGUUCAGGAGGAGCGCCAGCGAGCCAAGGACAAAAAUGAGAACGAGGUGGAAUCCACCAGCUGCGCCAACGAGGACAUGCCGGUGGAGAAGAUCUUGGAAGCCGAGCAGGCGGUGGAACCCAAAACCGAGACCUACAUCGAGACCAACCUUGGUGUACCAUCUAAUUCGCCCAACGACCCAGUGACAAAUAUCUGUCAAGCAGCUGACAAACAACUCUUUACCCUGGUGGAGUGGGCCAAGAGGAUUCCACACUUCUCUGAGCUGCCGCUGGACGACCAGGUCAUCCUUCUACGAGCAGGUUGGAAUGAACUCCUCAUUGCAUCAUUUUCGCACCGUUCGAUAGCCGUUAAAGACGGGAUCCUGUUGGCGACGGGGCUGCACGUCCACCGCAACAGCGCCCACAGUGCCGGAGUGGGAGCCAUCUUUGAUAGAGUGCUCACAGAACUGGUGUCCAAGAUGAGGGACAUGCAGAUGGAUAAGACGGAACUGGGGUGCCUUCGAGCCAUCGUUCUUUUCAACCCAGACUCCAAAGGUCUGUCCAACCCAGGCGAAGUAGAAGCUCUGAGAGAGAAAGUCUACGCGUCUUUAGAGGCCUACUGCAAACACAAGUAUCCCGAGCAGCCCGGCAGGUUCGCCAAGCUGUUGCUGCGGUUACCGGCACUGCGCUCCAUCGGCCUCAAGUGUCUGGAGCACUUGUUCUUCUUCAAGCUCAUCGGCGACACGCCCAUCGACACGUUCCUCAUGGAGAUGCUGGAGGCCCCGCAUCAAAUGACAUAAUGGCAGCGAGGGCCGAGCUCCCCCUCGCCUCCCGGACCCUCCUCACCCACGUCGCUCGAGAUCCCUGGGAAGGGAGCUUUUUAUAAAAAAAAAAGGAAAAAAAAAGAUAAUUAAAUAAAUGAAUCCCAUCCACAGAGAGAGACAGAUCACGUGACAGCUUUGGAUGAGGAGCCUCUCCCUUCCUCCCUCCGUCCCUUCCACCCCUCGACUCCUCGUGAUGUGUUUCGAAAACGGUGACUUCGUCACGUCUGUGGGUCUGUUUUAUACCUUGUAAAAAUAUAUAAAUAAGAAAUAUAUAUAUGAAAAUCAAACGACAACGCGAGUGACUGAAAGGAGGACGGACAGGAGACAAACACAUUGAGCCAUCGUUUGGAUCUUUUCCUACACGCUGAAAAGUAAAAGCAGAGAUGAUCAGGUUUUAACACCCACAGGUAUAUUCACAAAAAAAAACAACAACAACAACAAAAAAAAAAAAAGCAAACAACAGCGAUGAUGAUGUCACAUUUGGACACUCAGCGUUGUGAUCGGGACAAUCGCGGACUCUCAGGAGCCUCGGGCUGUUUAAGACUCGGACCUGAGCCCUCUCUGUCUUUCAGGACUGAACUCACGUACUUCGGGGAGGGGGAAAAAAAAUCCGUCUGCUUAAAGGAACUGGUCUGUUCCUGCCUGACUCCACUGAACACGUCAGGUCUUGCACUAGUUGUUGUUUUUUUUUUUUUCUUUUUUUUUUUUUUUCCAUGUGUGAGCUUUUCCGGAGGUAGAGGUGGGGUAAGAAGAUAGAAAGUGCUCAUAAACCUCAGGUCUCUGCCCAAUUCCAACAAAUACAACCAUGUCUUACUCUUACUCUGUUAGCACUGUGCAGCACUGGGGAGGAUGUGGUAGUACUCCACUAAUCAACCCUCCAGUUCGAGUAUUGAUUAUCGAUUAAGGGUUUGCGAGAGCUCCCUGUGUACAACCUCCGCAGCUCUGUCUGCGCGCAGGAGCGAACGAGCAGGAUGUUGUGAAUUAGCCGCAAAUUAGCUUUACGCGACCGGAGCAUCUCUGGAUGCUCUGCGAAAGGCCACCAGCAGGGGCAGGAACAAUCCACGCGGGAACCAAUCCGAAACGUUCCGUCGCAACCUCACGGGUGAUCACGACGCACCUGGGAAGCGAGCGCGCAGCCUUGGUCCGCGGGGGGGGGGGGGGACGAGAUUAGGUUCCGCCGGCCUCCGGGCUCCUCGCCGUCCCUUCUCCACCCUCCCCCACUUUUCAUGUCAUGUGAAUUUUCAGCACACCAUUUACACCUCCACACUCAGAAAUCCCUCCGCUCCACGCCGAGGGGCGUCAGCUUUUCGAAACACCUCAUAUCUAGCUGUACAGUUAGUUACAACCGUAUACAGUGUUGACAUUAUUUACCUUUUUUCAUUUUAAUACCAAUGCACAAUUACCUCCAUCCCUCAAGACGCCCAGUUCUCAGCAGUCACAAACACGGACGUAAACCUUACACAGCACGCGAGAAAAAAACCGUGUCUGUCGUCGCAGCGGAGCCAUCCUUAUUUUUGUUUGUUUCGUUUUGUUUUGUUACGUGGCACUUAACCUCAUGACAGUGGAGUCGUCGGGUUACUAAACGGAGAGCCGACGCCGACGGAGCCGACCUUUGAGGUGGAAUCCGGCCCCCGGUUGUUUUCCUCCUCGGAGGGACACACACACACUCUGCCCUCGCUCUCCCUGCACUUCUCUGGACAACCAAGUGUCAUCCAAGUUGAACUGAACUGUUAAAUAUCUCCAUGUCAUGUAUAAAUACGCUUCAUGCCUAUAUUCUGCUUUUCUUUUCUCCUUUUCUCUAAAUGCUGCAGCUGCUGCAAAACUAUGCAUCGAGUGCAUUUCCAAAGAUUGUUCACAGGCUGGUGUCGGUGGGAGGCGUGGGCCCGCUGUGAUGUUUUUCUUGGAAGGGAGUGAAUAUUAUUGGGGUUAUUUUCUCCGUUAUUCAGAUAUUUGAUAGUCAUUCUGGUCUGGUCUAAUUCACCUUUGACUGAAACGAACCGUUAUUAGGUCUGAUCUGAAAGUGUCUUAUGGAACAGGGAAUAGUCAUGGAUCAGUGCAACAUAAGAAAUGGACUAAAAGAACUUAAUCUAUGGUUUUCUCCUCACAUAUGCAGCCCCACCUCUCCUUGGACCAGGAAAACAAAACAAAAAAAAAAAUCAAAGCAAACCUCUGCACUGUGUUUCAAUAUCCUUUGAUAAACUCAGAUUUUUUAAUGUGAGAGGAUAUGGAGUCUUUAGAGUGCCACAUAAAUACUAUUUCAAUUUACAUUUAAGCAUGAAAAACUUUUUUAAAAAUAAUAAUUAAUUAUUCCUUUAAAGUGAAGAUUGAAAAAUAUUUAUCUCAGCAGUGUCUUUAGUGUUCCAUGUCCUCAUUUCAUAGUCUGCUGCUCUAACAAUCACAGGGCCCAUUUCACAAUCGCUUUAAUUUUAAGCACAACUUCAUGAGUAAAUUAAAAACUAAACCUAUUAGUAGAAACACAAGCUUAGCUCAUAUCGUGCGGCUGUCAGCAAAUAACAAUUUCACAACUGCCUUUUUAUCGUUUUUGACCGCAUUAACAAUUUUUUGUUGUGGCACCAUCAAGACUCCAUAGAUUGCCAUCUUUUUUUCAAAACAACUAUAAUAUAACAGCUACAUGUCAAAUUUUCUUUCUUAUUUGGGGCUAGUUUCAUAAAUCCAUCCAUGUUGGGGAUGGGGGAUUGAGGGAGGUUGUAAAUGUUAUUCCAUCUCUGUGAGGCCGAUUUGCGAACGCACAGCGAUGUCCUUUCUCUUAUGACGCUGGUUUAUAUGCCAGCUCUGAAAUGUCAGAUGCAACACACCUCUAGCAGGACUGUACACGGUUUACUCUGGGUCAGAGAGAAGUUUUAGUGAAGGGGAAGAGAAAGCGACGCAUGUGGUGGUGAUUUGAGAGCUAUGAGCUCCCUCUAGUGGAAGAGAAGCAGCGCUGCAACAUUACUUGAAGUAUUUAAUCAGAGAAAUCAGAUGGCACUUUGUGGCAGCGUCUCAGAAAAGUAGCAAUAACUUCAAAGUGAACUAUUGGCUUGACUCAACCUUUUCAGUGAGGUGGCCGGUAUUAUUACAGCCUAUCCAGGUGACAGUAUUGACUGCCAUCUUCAGCUCAGUUUACAGUAUUUAUAUUUUAAGGGGAUAUAAAAGAACUCGACGUGUUUUGUGAGGAAAACGCUGAUAGAUUUUCAGGAGGAGGGUCACAUCUCUGUGUUUCUGAGAGGCCGGGAUGUGACUUCUUUUUUUUAGGGGCUAAUUUUAAUUGAGAAAAAGCAUAUACUCAGCGACCGAGUGCUCGUUUUUCGAUUGCAUGACAUGAAUUUUCAAACGACUCUCCUCCUCUCCGCGUUGGUUUCCUCCUCUUUAGUGUACUUGUGACCGGCGAGCGCAGGUAUAAUAAGCCAUAAUGUGGAUGAUGUGCGAGCUCAAUCCCCUGCAGGAAACGGACAGGCAAAGGAUCUUUUUUUGACGAGAUACAAGACUCGAUCAUCUGCGUAGAAUGAUGACCUACACGAAUGCUUUAUAACGUAAAGCUCUAUUUUGUUAAUAUGUAUAUGUGUAUAUAUUUAUAAAUAUAUAUCAGCAGAUCUGUUCCUCGAGUAUUUCCAACAUUGAACCAAGGAGACAAGUCUUUCAGACCAAACUGUUCCAGGACCAGGCGUUCUUCAGAUCACAAUUUUUUUCUUUCUAAAUCUGCGUAUUCAUUCUGACCUCUAUUAAAAUGAACCCUGAUCAACCAGCAGAAUCGCAGCAGCUCUACACUCAAAAGAACCAGCUCUUCAUCAGUUUAAGGGACCUCAAAAUGGUUAAGACUUUAAAAGCCUCCGAAAUGUCUGUUGCUUAGCAAUUGUAUGUUCAUAAAAAAAAAAAAAUAAUAA